GAGGACAACAACAACAACAACACAGAAGUCCAAAAUCCUUAGCUCACCUCAUUGAUGUGUCAUCACACCAACAUUCCACCUCGAUCUUGCGACGAGAGAGAGAGAGAGAAAAGUUGAGUUUUUGUUGAGAAAAAAUUGAAGAAAAAAGUGAGAAAAAGUAGCAAUAAAAAAAGCUCACAAAGCCAAACAGAGGAAAAGAGAGAGAGAGAGAGGAAAAAAGCCAUCUUUUUUUGGUCAGUCCCAGAGCCUUCAUUCGCUUUCCAUCGCUCACUUUCUCAGUUUUUCAGCUCUGGGGCUGGCACUGCCACCAUUUGGGGUCUACAUUUUGAUUGAUAAGUGUGCGAAGAUCCGAAGUAGGGAGCGAGGAAGGAAAAGAAAUCUAAUCCGGUCUGGUAAAGCUUGGAUUUUUCCUCAAAUUCUUUCUUGUUUUUAUCUGUGAUUUGUAUAUCUGUUGAGAUAAAUCUUUGAAGGUGUUUGUUUUCAUUCCCAAAUGUGUCACCUUUCGCCAUGAAACCACGACAGAUGGUGAGAUGCACCUCUUAGUUUCCUUGUAUAGCCCACCCACCGCUUUUUUGUCUCUCAAUUCUCCCCAAAACCCCAGCUUUUUCGAUCCUGAUACCUCGCCGGAGCAUGGGCCUUCUCGGAUUCUUCUACUCCCUUGGUGAUCUCCCUCUUCCGGAUCAAAUCGGGCUAGCAAUCCAUGCUUCUUUGCUUCUUUUGCUCUUGUUUUUUGUCUCGGCUCGUCGUGUCCUCUCCUGUGCGUUCCGGCGUGCUCCGGUGUUCAAAGAUGAUCGCCGGAGCCCCGUUGGAGAUCAUCCAGAUGCUGAGCAUCGCCAUCUGUUCGUUGGGUAUUGGUUCAAAAUUACAGUUUGCUGCUGUUUCUAUACUUUUUUGGUGCAACUUGUGGUUCUAUGCUAUGAAACCGCACGGUUGAUUCAAACCAGAGUGGAUUCAAGGAGUUACUCGGUUCUGUACUUGCCAUCACUCCAAGCCUUGGCGUGGUUGCUCUUGGGUUUAUCUGCAGUGCAUUGUAGAUUCAAUGCAUUGCCGAAAUUCCCAUUUUUGAUUAGACUUUGGUGGUUCUUAUCUUUCUUGCUUUGUCUGUAUACUUCCUAUGUUCAUGUAAAAGGGCUUGUAGAUGGGUCCUUCAGGAUUAGUUCGCAUGUGCUUGCAAACUUCGCAGCUGCUCCUGCGAUUGUGAUCCUUGGUGUUGUGUCGGUUCGUGGUUUCACAGGUUUAGAGUUGUAUAGGGAUCAUGGGGAUCUCCGGGAGCCUCUGCUCGCUGAAGAAGAAGAGCCAGGUUGUCUUAGGGUCACCCCCUAUGGGGAUGCAGGGAUAUUUAGCCUUGUGUCAAUGUCAUGGCUUAAUCCAUUGUUGUCCAUUGGUGCGAAGAGGCCGCUUGAGCUGAGGGAUGUGCCUUUGUUGGCCCCAAAUGAUCGAUCAAAGACUUCUUACAAGGCUUUGAAUGCCAAUUGGGAGCGGAUGAAGGCCGAGAACCCUAUGAAGCAGCCAUCUUUGGCGGUGGCGCUCUUUCGGGCAUUUUGGAGAGAAGCGGCCGUGAAUGCUGUAUUUGCAGGGUUGAACACUCUAGUCUCGUAUGUCGGGCCUUAUUUGAUAAGUUACUUUGUUGAUUACUUGAGUGGGAACAUAGCUUUUCAUCAUGAGGGAUAUAUUUUGGCCGCAAUCUUUUUCUCUGCUAAGUUGAUAGAGACUUUAACUACUCGGCAAUGGUAUUUGGGAGUAGAUAUAUUGGGCAUGCAUGUUAGAUCAGCAUUGACAGCAAUGGUGUAUCGGAAAGGACUUAGGUUGUCUAGCACUGCUCGGCAGAGUCAUACAAGUGGGGAGAUUGUGAACUACAUGGCAGUCGAUGUGCAGAGGGUGGGUGAUUACUCAUGGUAUCUUCAUGAUAUAUGGAUGCUUCCUUUACAAAUUGUUCUUGCUCUGGCAAUUUUAUAUAAGAAUGUCGGGAUUGCAUUCAUUGCAACAUUGGUCGCAACAAUCAUAUCCAUUAUUGUCACUAUUCCCCUGGCGAAGAUGCAAGAAGAGUAUCAGGAUAACCUUAUGGGUGCAAAGGAUGAAAGGAUGAGGAAGACAUCUGAAUGCCUGAAAAACAUGAGGAUCUUGAAGCUUCAGGCUUGGGAAGACCGAUACAGACUGAAACUAGAGGAGAUGAGAAACGUGGAGUUUAUGUGGCUGCGGAAGGCCUUGUAUUCACAGGCUUUCAUCACCUUUAUUUUCUGGGGUUCUCCAAUAUUUGUUGCUGUAAUUACAUUUGCUACUUCUAUUCUGUUGGGUGGUCAGCUUACUGCUGGUAGUGUGCUUUCGGCUUUAGCCACUUUUAGGAUUCUUCAAGAGCCGCUCAGGAAUUUCCCGGAUUUAGUCUCUAUGAUGGCUCAAACAAAAGUGUCACUGGAUCGUAUAGCAGGAUUUUUACUAGAGGAGGAGUUGCAGGGAGAUGCUACCAUUGUUGUUCCUCAUGUGCUUACAUCCUCUGCUAUUGAAAUUAAAGAUGGGGAGUUUUGCUGGGACCCCUUCUCCUCAAGGCAUACCCUUUCGGCUAUUCAAUUGCAAGUACAAAAGGGAAUGCGUGUGGCCGUCUGUGGCGUUGUAGGUUCUGGCAAAUCAAGCUUCCUAUCUUGCAUACUUGGGGAAAUACCGAAAAUAUCUGGUGAAGUGAAGAUAAGUGGUUCAACUGCAUAUGUAUCUCAAUCCGCUUGGAUACAAUCUGGUAAUCUCGAGGAGAACAUUCUUUUUGGCAGCCCAAUGGAUAAACAAAAGUACAAAAACGUUCUUCAUGCAUGCUCGCUGAAGAAGGAUUUGGAAUUGUUCUCACAUGGAGAUCAAACCAUUAUCGGUGAUAGAGGUAUAAAUUUGAGUGGCGGCCAGAAGCAGAGGGUGCAACUUGCUAGAGCACUCUAUCAAGAUGCUGAUAUAUAUUUACUUGAUGAUCCCUUCAGUGCAGUGGACGCACAUACAGGAACUGAAUUGUUUAAGGAAUAUAUACUGACAGCACUUGCGAGCAAAACCGUAAUAUUUGUCACACACCAAGUUGAGUUUCUUCCUGCUGCCGAUUUGAUCCUGGUCCUUAAAGAGGGUCGCAUUAUCCAGCAAGGCAAAUAUGACGAUCUCUUGCUAGCUGGAACUGAUUUCAGUGUGUUAGUUUCAGCUCACCAUGAAGCAAUUGAAUCUAUGGAUAUAGCUGAAUCAUCAGCUGAAGAUUCAUCCGGAAUAAUUGAUAUUCAUGAUUCUGGUGGUAUUAGCAGAAGGUUGACAUCAAGUCCGAGCAAUGCUGAUGGGAUGAAUAGUGAGUCACUUGAAAAUACUGCAUCUUCUGAUAUUAAAGCUAUCAAGGAAAAGAAGAAAUCAAAGCGCACACGGAAAAAACAGCUCGUUCAAGAAGAAGAACGGGAAAGGGGUAAGGUCAGCUUCAAGGUAUACCUGUCCUAUAUGGCUGCGGCGUACAAAGGAACUCUCAUACCCUUGAUUAUCCUGGCACAGACAAUCUUUCAAGUUCUCCAGAUAGCGGGGAACUGGUGGAUGGCAUGGGCAAAUCCUCAAACUGAAGGAGAUAAACCAAAGACAAGCACUACCUUUGGCUUAGCUGCUGCACAGAAGUUGUUCAUCAAGAUGCUUAGAACUGUAUUUCGAGCACCGAUGUCCUUUUUUGAUUCAACUCCAGCCGGGAGGAUCUUGAAUCGGGUCUCUGUAGAUCAAAGUGUUGUGGAUCUUGAUAUCCCUUUCAGACUUGGAGGAUUUGCAUCGACAACAAUACAACUUCUCGGCAUAGUUGGUGUAAUGACGAAGGUCACUUGGCAGGUUCUUCUUUUGUUUGUUCCCAUGGCCAUAGCUUGCUGGUGGAUGCAGAAAUACUAUAUGGCUUCAUCAAGGGAACUCGUCCGCAUAGUCAGCAUUCAAAAGUCUCCAAUAAUACAUUUAUUUGGAGAGUCCAUUGCCGGAGCUGCUACCAUUAGAGGCUUCAGUCAAGAAAAGCGGUUUAUGAAAAGGAACCUGUACCUACUUGAUUGCUUUUCUCGGCCAUACUUCUAUAGUCUUGCAGCUAUUGAAUGGCUAUGCUUGCGGAUGGAAUUACUGUCAACAUGUGUUUUUGCUUUUUGUAUGGCGCUACUCGUGAGCUUCCCACAUGGGACCAUCGAUCCAAGUAUGGCGGGGCUUGCUGUGACAUAUGGUCUUAACUUGAAUGCUCGCUUAUCAAGAUGGAUUUUAAGCUUUUGCAAACUUGAAAAUAAGAUUAUAUCUAUCGAACGCAUUCACCAAUACUGCCAGAUACCUAGUGAAGCACCGGCUGUUAUUGAAGAUUCUCGGCCACCGCCAUCUUGGCCCAACAAUGGGAAGAUCGAACUAAUUAAUCUUAAGGUUCGUUACAAGGAGAGCUUACCUAUGGUUCUGCAUGGAAUAACAUGCAUGUUUCCUGGUGGUAAAAAGAUUGGAAUUGUUGGACGUACUGGAAGCGGAAAAUCUACCCUCAUACAAGCACUUUUCCGGGUGAUUGAACCUGAUGAUGGUAAAAUCCUUGUUGAUGAUUUGGACAUUUCAACCAUCGGUCUUCAUGAUCUUCGCUCCCGUCUCAGUAUCAUCCCUCAAGAUCCCACCUUAUUUGAAGGUACUAUCAGAAUCAAUCUUGAUCCCCUUGAGGAACACACAGAUCAUGAGGUUUGGCAGGCACUUGAUAAAUGUCAGCUCGGCUACGUGAUCCGCCAUAAACCACAGAAGCUUGACACACCAGUCUUAGAGAAUGGAGACAACUGGAGUGUCGGACAACGGCAACUUGUUUCUUUAGGUAGAGCAUUACUGAAACAAGCUAAAAUCCUAGUGCUUGAUGAGGCGACGGCCUCUGUUGACACGGCUACAGACAACCUUAUUCAGAAAAUUAUCCGAACAGAAUUUAAAGACUGCACCGUCUGCACCAUAGCUCACCGUAUACCUACAGUUAUCGACAGUGAUCUUGUUUUGGUCCUCAGUGAUGGGAGAGUUGCUGAGUUUGACAGCCCACAGCGGCUACUCGAGGAUAAAUCAUCCAUGUUUCUAAAGCUAGUUUCUGAAUACUCGACAAGGUCUUCAAGUAUGUCGGAUACCGGAUACUGGAAACAUGAUCCUAUGUGAAGUCAUUCUGAGUAACAUACAAAGCUGAGUUAGGAAAGAACACCUCUAACAGAUGAAUCUGCUACUGCACUAGAGCAGUUCAGAGGAAAAUGGGACAUAUUAAGAUCACAAAGUUUGGUUCUAACUACGACAAGGCGGAGAAGGCGGAUGGCCACAUCGUUUAGGGUAAUCGACAGACACUUUUAGUCAUUUCUGUAGAACAAUUGAACUAUUGAUCUGAUUCUGUUAACGAGUGCAGAAAAAUAAGUGAAGCGCUAACAGAUAAGUCAACAUUUACUGUUUUGGUUACAAUAAGGCAAUUUUGACACAGUUUGUGUAGGAAAUGUUGCAAGUUUAUGCUGUAAUCAUUCAUACAGUUUUUCUACUUUGUAUAAUCAAGCGCACAAUUCAUUUGAUUUAUUG